AUGGUCCAGUCUGGACAGAGAGCAUCUGUGUUUGUGAAAGGAGAGCAGGACUUUUUCUGUGAGAGCAGCAGCACAGGUUGUCCCCAUUUCCCCUCACCCUUCCCUUCUCGGGGUGGCUUCUUGGAUCCCACUACACUCCACAAUUCUGGUCCUGCCAUACGUCAGAAACAGGAAGAGGAGAACCCUUCAGAGGGGACCAGUGAGGAGAAGCAGGACACACGGGAGAAGGAAGGUAUUCUCUCUGAGACAGGUGAGGAGGCAAAGCUAAAGGCCAAAUAUCCAAGCCUAGAACAAAAGCCUGGAGGCUCCAACUUCCUCAUGAAGAGACUUCAGAAAGGGCAAAAGUACUUUGACUCAGGAGACUACAACAUGGCCAAAGCAAAGAUGAAGAAUAAGCAGGUGCCAAGUGCAGGACCAGACAAGAACCUGGUGACUAGUGACCACAUCCCCACCCCACAGGAUCUACCCCAGAGAAAGUCCUCACUUGUCACCAGUAAGCUCAUGGGAUAA